AUGACAUUUGCAAAAGACAGCAGUGUGUUGAUCUGGUAAAUAGAUUCACAGUGUGAUCAGUGCUGUGUAUCGUACUCACAUGGCAACAGAGGAUUCAGACUUCAAAUGUCAAAGUAGACUGAGCUCAAUCUGUGAUUCCUCCGCAGGGUCAACCAGCAUAGCUGUGAAGUUUCCAGCGGUCCAUCCCCUGGGCAGCAUCAAACACACCUGGACUCCAUAUUUAUGGUCUGAACAUUGAUGCUUCAUUUUCCAUAUUGUCAAUCAAUUAUUUGAAGAAAAAUUCUCACAGAGUUUUGUGAUUUUUUUUUCUGAUUGGCUCAUUUUUUUAUGACCUUAAGCUGCUGGAGAAGCAGCUGAAGACUUAUGUGGGAAAAGAAUUGAAGAAGAUCAAGACAGCUCUGAAUUCAGAUAACCAAAAACAGACCGAGGACCAAAGUGAGGAUAAGAAAGUGUUGGAUGAUGAGGAGGCAGAGCAGAAGAAGAUCUGCAAAGAGGCCUUGCUGAAGAUGACAGUGGUCUUCCUGAAGAGAAUGGACCAGGAGGAGCUGGCUGACUGUCUGCAAAACAGUAAGAGAGUUUCUGAAAAGAUUCAACAUGCAACACAUACAGGAGUUUGA